AUGGGAAGCUUUUCACAAGCGUCGUUCAUCGAUAAUAAUAAUGUUUUGGAUGAUGACAUGGUUGAACAAUCAACAUUCAAUCAUCCUAUAAUGAUGCCCCCAACAAUGACCCGAGACAUCACGCCUCACUAUUUUGAUAGCAAUAAUAGUGGUAUGAGUCCAGCAUCAAUGAAAACACAUUCAUGUACAGUUCAAUCAAGCGCCUUACUUGAUGACAAUACCCAUGAAAACGGUGAAUUCAAUGUCAAUAACACAAAAGCUAUGAAUGAUAAACAAGAAGACGAUGAUGACGAAUAUCAGGAUAUUGAUGAUGAUGAUGAUGAUGUUAAUGAUAGUACAUGGAUUUUGUAUAAGGACGAUGACGGCGAGGAUCAAGAUAACCAAUUGACAUAUCACCACACAGAACCACAGAAAUUAAAAGAUCUUGAUUGGAAGGAUUUGCCUAAUUUUAUUCACAACAUGGAUUAUGAUCAUUUGAAUUCACAUGAGCGUAAAAGUGCUCGAGUUGAAAACCAAACUCUAUUAUCGAUUCGACGUAAGACAAUAGCUGCAAAUGCCAUUGCCAGAUUACCAUAUAAGGGCAGUUCAGUUUACAUAUGCUCUCAAAAUAGUUUUCAACAAAAAGUAGGCGAUUAUAUGGCACGAACGGGUGCUUAUAAAUUGAUUCAUCAACUAAAUGGAGUUAAUCAAAAUGCUAGCAAAAAAUGUUUAAUUGAUAUUGUCGAACGAGUAGAAAUUAAAUUACACAAUUUACUUCGUUCUAAAUCUAUCGCCAAAAGACAAUAUUUAGCAAUGACUAUUGAUCGAUCAUCACUUAGAUUGAAUUAUCUUUAUUUUGUACCUGAAACACACAAAGGACAGAUACCAGUGCGACCAAUCAUGGUGUGUAAUGAUGGACCGACAAUGGCUAUUGCUCGUUAUAUUACUCCUCUUCUAUGGUCGAUCUUUGAUCGUGCAACUAAUUGUAUACGAUUUUCAAAUGGAGCGAUCGAUGUUGUACAUGCCAUUGAACGCUAUGCACAAAAUGGUCAUCUCAAACCUAGUGCUCUUUUCGUCACUUUAAACAUGGAUAAUCUUACGACAAUUUUUUCUCACGAACAAACAAUUGCAGCAUUGAAAUCUUUAUUGAGCGAUCAAUUAAAGGAUCAAAUGAUACAGGGUAUCACCGUUGAUACUAUGAUAGAAUUGGUUUAUAUAGUUUUACAAAAUCAGUUUUGUGUUUCUAAUAAUAAACUGUAUCAACAGUUCAAGGGUGGGGCUUCUGGUCUACCAUUAACUAUGCUAUUGGCCUACAUAAAUAUGUUUUAUGGGCAACAUCGAGAUCUUGUAACAUCCUUCGUAGAAAAAAACGAACUGUUUGGCAGAUAUCAAGACCAAGCAUUGCUCACAUGGCAUGGAUCAGAAGAUGAAUUUCGUACAUUGUUCAAUACAGGCACCGAUACUGAACAUACUGAAAAUCUCGUGACAAUGUCUAUUGGAUCAACAGUUCAUUUUCAUGAUCUCGAAAUUGGUCACAACAGCAAAGGCGUUUUGGAAAGUAAAGUUUAUUAUGAUCGAGAUAUUGAUACUUUACCAAAUGUAUCCGAUGAAUCUAUGGAAAACAUGUCAAAAGAACUGCAUGCUGUUCUAUACCGAGCAGUUCGAUGUUGUUCUGAUCUGGAGAAAUUCCGAUGGGAACGAUCUCAUAUUGAUGUAGCAUUUCUUUUAUCUGGCUUGCCGCCUAAAUCGAUCGACUCUAUUAUACAAAAUUUUUACGUAGAAUAUGGUCUCCUAACACGCUGUUUUUCAUAUUGUUUACAAGACGAUGAAUAUCGUCAAUUACGUCGAAAUAUCAUCCAAGAUGUUGAUCGACAAGCAGAGUUAAAGAAACAACGUGAAAGGCAAAGACAUAAUACAUUAUUCCUUCCAUGUCCACAGUUCAAUGAUCAAGAAACUUUAGCCAGUUACAAGCAACGCUUGAAAGUUUGGUGGAAGAAAUAUUAUGGUAAUGAACAACAAACGAAAUAUAUUCAGAUCAAAUGGGUAAAACGAACAUUAAUUCCUAUCGCAACGAGUGAUAUUCUCGCUAAUAAACGACCACCUAUUCGUCUUUUGACUUUAUAA